GAGGUGGAGGUGGAGGACGAGGACGAGGUGGAGGUGGACCUUUCCUUGGUGACAUACCCUCUGCUUCUGGCGACGUGGCUUCCCAGUCCGCUCACACACAGUCCACUGAGGUGGAGAUGGAGGUGGAGAUGGAGGUGGAGAUGGAGGUGGAGGGGCAGGACGAGGAGGCGGAGAGGGAGAUGGCGCCGAAGAAGUUGCGCAUUCGUGGUGAAGCGCAAGUCCCUGAUGAGAGGAGGGAGCCUACUAGCCGGGAUGCGAAAGCCCUCAUCAUCCCGAACGAAAAAGACAAUUGGACAUAUGACAAGGGGGUUCGCCAGCCGUCGAGCAUGAUUGGAGCUCUUAUUAGGCAGUACUGGCCGGGCUUUUACACUCCGGUCCCCGGCGGCGAGAAGAAGCUAGCCGAGACUUGGGCGGACUAUGAGGCAGCUCCUUGCCCGGGCUUUGGGACAGCUUCGACGCCGUGUACACCAAGUUUUGGGUAA